GAGAUCCUCAAGUCAGAGCAGAGGUGGCUGGCGGGCCCACCGAUUCCUUCCUAUUGCCUGCGUUUUCGGACGGGACUCACAGCUGCUCUGAAGGGCUUAGUCCGGGACACUAGGGUGCCACGCACGCGCUGAUGCCCCGAGUGCUCGCAGGCCUUCCACUAAUCAUGCCACAGUCGCCCGCAGCUGCCUUGGCUCUGCCCCUGCUGCUGCUGCUGGUGGUGGUGGUGGUGCGGCCGCCCCCACAGACUGGCGCGCGGCCGUCCCCGGGCCCCGAUUAUCUGAGGCGCGGGUGGCUGCGCCUGCUGGCGGAGGGUGAGGGCUGUGCUCCCUGCCGGCCAGAAGAGUGCGCCACGCCGCGGGGCUGCCUGGCCGGCCAGGUGCACGACGCAUGCGGCUGCUGUUGGGAAUGUGCCAACCUCGAGGGCCAGCUCUGCGACCUGGACCCCAGCGCCCACUUCUACGGAAGCUGCGGUGAGCAGCUUGAGUGCCGGUUGGACACAGGCGGCGACCUGAGCCGCGGAGAGGUGCCCGAGCCGCUGUGUGCCUGCCGCUCGCAGCGCCCGCUCUGUGGUUCCGACGGCCGCACCUACGCGCAGAUCUGCCGCCUGCAGGAGGCGGCCCGCGCUCGGCCGGAAGCCAACCUCACCGUGGCGCACCCAGGGCCCUGUGAAUCGGGGCCCCAGAUUGUGUCGCGCCCAUAUGACAUUUGGAAUGUGACUGGGCAGGAUGUGAUCUUUGGCUGUGAGGUGUUUGCCUACCCCAUGGCCUCCAUUGAGUGGAGAAAAGACGGCUUGGACAUUCAGCUGCCGGGGGAUGACCCCCACAUCUCUGUGCAGUUUAGGGGCGGACCCCAGAGGUUUGAGGUGACAGGCUGGCUGCAGAUCCAGGCUGUGCGUCCCAGCGAUGAGGGCACCUACCGCUGCCUGGCCCGCAAUGCCCUAGGCCAGGUUGAGGCCCCAGCUAGCCUGACAGUGCUCACACCAGACCAGCUGAACUCCACAGGCAUCCCCCAGCUGUCAUCCCUGCACCUGCUUCCUGAGGAAGAGGCUGAGAGUGAAGAGGGCGAGGAUUACUACUAGGUCCAGAGGCCUGGCCCAUGGGGGGUGGGUGAGUGGGCAUAGUUUUCAUCCCUUCUCUCAAAAAGAUCUGGAAAGGGGGAGCACGGCCCCUGCAUAGAUUGCUUUAAUGCUCUUAGUAGAGGAGAUGUUGCAGUGUUGGGAGGGACAAAAUUUGAAGGUGGGUAAGGAGAGAGGCAGAGACUAGAGAAGGUGGGACGCGGAGGAGCCCUUGCAGGAGAUGCUCUGGCCAGGACAGUCUCCUGUGUGGACCAACCAGGUGGAAGGCAACAGUUACCUGCCUGGUCUCUGCCUCCCCCAGGCAGAGUGGGUGGUGGGUGGGGAGGAGCAGAGCUACACAAAGGAGUGCAGUCACCAGGAUCCUCCAUUUCUUUCCUGCAGCCCUCCCUCCAGCCCUACUUAGCCAGUCUUCUGACUGCCCUCCUGCAUGGCUCCUGCUGUUAGUUAUUUCCCAAAUCCCCAAUGUUUUUUUUGUUUUUGUUUUUUUUUUUUGGACUAUACCUGUGGCAUGUGGAAGUUCCCCAGCCACCCAAGCCACUGCAGUGACAAUGCCAGAUUCUUGACCCACUGCACCAUAAGGGAAUUCCCCCUAGUCCCCAAUUUUUGCCUAAUCCCAGUUUAUCCUUCUUCAAAACUCACCUUCUAGAAAGGUCCCCUCUCUCCUAAGUCCCGAUUACACUUACUAACUGCAGUCCUUUUUGCUGUUUGCCCUCUGCUGUCCAGGGGAGCACAAUGGAGCAUGGUUUAGUUCAGUGCAGUAAGAUGAGCAUUUAGUCAUGUCUAAUUUCUCCUGUCCUGGAAACUCUGUGAGGGCAGCACCAUAUCUUAUACUUUGUAUUGGACAAUGCCUAGCACAGGACUAGGCACAGUAGGCACGCAAUAAAGAUUUAUGGACAAACUGA